GGCUAUAGAGGUGUGGUUGAAGACUGGCAAGCGGCACAGCGAGAUCCUGGAGCAGCAGAAACAGACCGAAGGACAGCUGCGGAAACCUGGAUCCACCGUCAUACUCUGGCUCAAGUGUGAACAGAAUGUGCACCACGAGCGGUUGGACAAGAGAGUAGACACGAUGAUAGAAGAAGGGCUUAUCAAAGAACUCCUGGACUUCCACGCGAGACAUAACAAGCAAAGGAUUGAGGAUGGCAAGCCACCGGACUACACAAAGGGCAUAUUCCAAACUCUAGGAUUCAAAGAAUUUCACAACUACCUCAUGCUUUCCGAAGAAGAAAGAAACAGCGAGACAGGUCAGAAGUUAUUGGAACAGAGCAUAAAAUGUAUGAAGCUAGCUACAAGGCGGUACGCGAGACGACAGACCAAAAUGGUUCGAGGAAGGUUUUUGGAACACCCCGCGAGAGAAAUUCCACCAAUCUACGAGCUGGAUACGACAGAUUUAACUCUAUGGGACGAACUCGUAACAAAGAAAGCUAUCCACAUCAUAGAUAGCUAUAUGAACGGCACUCCUUGUGAUUAUACAACGGCCACGGUGACGAUAGACGAAGAAAAAAAGAAAAUCGACGGAAAUUCUUACAAUUACUGUGAAGUAUGCAAUAGAGUUAUGAUAGGAGACAAUGUAUAUGCAAUACAUUUGAAAUCGUUCAGGCAUAUGAGAGUACUGAAGAAAAAAAAACAAAUACAACCAAGCCUUGCUGCGGACAAUUUGGAAUAACUACUGGAAAUGAAUGUACCCACUUACCAGAUUUUUUUACUUUACAGACAUAACUUCUUUUCAUUGCAUGUAUAUAUAUCCAUUUUAAAUAGAAGACGACCGCCCAUAAAGAGAAGAAACACCAUCCAACACCUUGAAUAACAAAAUAUUGUUUGGUACUCCACUGCACUCGACAUCCUGAGACAUGAGAUGUUAAAUCUUAUUAUGUGGCUACAAUGUCCUUCAAACCGGAACACAACAGUGACUACACAAUGCUGCUUGGCGCAGAAAUAGACAUUGCGGGGAUACCUACCCAGGCGGGCUCUCACAUAUGAGAGACCUACCACCACUAAAGUCGCUAAAUGUUGCCACUUUGGGACUACUCUUUGUAAAGUUUAGGACGCGCUCUACGACAGCCGUAUUAUAAAGUUUCGUACUAUAAAACGGUGUAAUGUAUACUCGAGUUUGUAAUUCGACGGGGCAGUUUAAUAACUGUAAAUGCACAAAUGUUGCCAACGAAACCUAGUGCUGAUUCUAUGAAUUAUAAAAAAAGGAUCUCGAUAGAACGGAGCAGCUUUGAGACAUUUCAUUUGGAUUCUAUAAUAUUUUAUUUUGGAAAGAAAGGGGUUUAGAUUGGGUACUUGAUUAAUUUCUGUUCUUAACGUUUAUCAAAUUUUUCCCUUAUAUAGGUACACUUUAACUCAGAAAUAUUGAUAAGAAGUCUACUUUACACGAUAGAACCAAUAAUAAAAGAGUAUAGAGGAUGAGUGAUAUGGUCACGUGACAUGCAGCACAUUUAAUGCAUAAAAUGGCGCCGACUCCGCCCCUUACAAUAGUGAUAUGCUAGUA